AAAACAUAACAAACAAAAACCUUUUGUCUCUGUCUCUCUCUGUUUGUGUAACUUUGAGAGAGAGAGAGAGAGAAGCGCUUAGGUGGAGCAUAAAGAUUAAGAUUGAAUAAGAGAGGGUCCAUACUCCAUUGAAGCAUACCAUUCCCAUACCUGAAUUCCUCUGUUUUAGUCACCGCGCCCACCUUCUUCCUUCUUUUCUCUUUCUAUUCGCUAAUUCCAUUCAUUCUUCUACUCAUACCAAUGUAAACCUCUCUCUCUCUGUUUUUCUGAGUCAGGUUCAGUGCAAAGUGCAAACAGUUGUGUUAGAUCUUGCGUGCUCUGUUUUUUGUGAUCGUGAUCUGUAGGCAACGAGAAUGGGAGUUUGUUUGAGCGCCCAAAUAAAAGCUGAAAGCCCAUACAACACUGGGUUCAAUUCAAAGUGUGUGAGUAGUGAUGGAAAUGAUCUUGGGAGCACAAACAGUAAAGUUUCAGUAGUGUCGGUGCCUCAAACUCCUAGGAGUGAGGGUGAGAUCUUGCAGUCAUCUAAUUUGAAGAGCUUUACUUUAGCAGAACUUAAGACAGCCACUAGAAAUUUUCGUCCAGACAGUGUGUUAGGAGAGGGUGGUUUUGGAUCAGUUUUUAAAGGGUGGAUUGAUGAGAAUUCAUUGGCUGCUGCUAAACCUGGCACUGGCAUUGUUAUUGCUGUAAAAAGACUUAAUCAAGAUGGCGUCCAGGGUCACAGGGAGUGGUUGGCUGAAGUCAACUACCUUGGACAGCUUUCUCAUCCUCAUCUAGUGAGAUUGAUUGGUUAUUGCCUUGAAGAUGAACACCGCCUUCUGGUCUAUGAAUUUAUGCCUCGUGGAAGCUUGGAAAACCAUUUGUUCAGGAGAGGCUCAUAUUUCCAACCUCUUUCUUGGAGCCUCCGCUUGAAGGUUGCUCUUGAUGCUGCCAAAGGGCUUGCAUUUUUGCACAGUACUGAAACAAAAGUGAUAUAUCGAGACUUUAAGAGUUCAAAUGUCUUGCUGGAUUCAAAAUAUAAUGCAAAGCUUUCUGAUUUUGGGCUGGCAAAGGAUGGACCUACAGGUGACAAAAGUCAUGUAUCCACCAGGGUAAUAGGAACCUACGGAUAUGCAGCUCCUGAGUAUCUAGCCACAGGUCAUCUUACUGCAAGGAGUGAUGUCUAUAGUUUUGGAGUUGUGCUGCUAGAAUUGUUAUCUGGCAAGCGUGCUGUUGAUAAGAAUAGACCAUCUGGACAACACAAUUUGGUGGAAUGGGCUAAACCCUACCUGGCUAACAAACGUAAGCUUUUUCGCGUGUUGGACAGCCGUCUCGAAGGACAGUAUUCAACAGAUGAUGCCUCCAAGGUAGCCACACUUGCUUUGAGGUGCCUAUCAACAGAACCCAAGUUCAGGCCAAACAUGAAUGAAGUGUUUAGAACAUUGGAACAGUUACAAGUUCCUACUGUACAUAAUAGAGGCAAUCAAAAUCCUUCUGUCAAUGGAUCUCGUCCUCGUAGGAGAAGUGCUGAUGAUAUUAACCGUAUGAAGACAACUCCCACAGCAUAUCCCCGGCCCUCUGCAUCCCCUCUCUAUACUUGAUGACGUUGCAAUUAGGAAACACAAUGCAUCUUUUGCUAGUGAUCUCGUCCAUGAACUCAAUCACCUGUGUAGCUAGCUAAUGGAAUGUACAUAUCAUAUUUCACCUAAUAUAUUCAGUGCCAAACUUCUCUCUUGGAGAUUGCUAAUGUCAACGAAUUAAUAUUGCACCUACUCUGAGUUGUGUCAAUGUGCUUGUAACUAAUAAACUAGAUGAGAAGGCAUGUACUUAUGUAUGAUACCUCUGGUUAGUUCAUUUUUGUUCUACUCUAUAUUGAGAUCGUGUGGCUUACUAGUCUAUUUUGUAAAACUUAGUU